CCAAUGGACUCAUCAUCCCCUUUCUUUCCUCUAUUUUCACUUCACCAUCAUCAUUUCUUCCUCUCUCUCUCUCUCUCUCUGAUAACAACCUCACAGCAAACAAACUACCAGUAUCUCCUUUUCCAAUCUUCCAACCCAAGUUUUACUUCUUCCCACUGGGAUUCCACUCUUUUAAGCGUUCAAACAACCACUCAAAUCAACAAAAUGGUGGACGUUGAUCGGAGAAUGAGCGGCUUAAACCCCGCACACCUCGCCGGCCUCCGCCGUCUCUCCGCCAGAGCCGCCGCAUCAUCCCCCUCAACCCCACUUCCAGCUCGCAACAGCCUCAUCUCCUUCACCUCCUUAGCCGAUAAAGUAUUAACCCACCUCAAAACCUCUAACGUACAAGUCCAAACCGGGUUAUCCGAAAAAGAAUUCGCAAGAGCCGAAGCCGAGUUCGGAUUCGCAUUCCCACCCGACCUUAAAGCCGUUCUUUCAGCCGGGUUACCUGUCGGACCGGGUUUUCCAGACUGGCGGUCCACUGGCUCAUCCCGUCAACAACUACGCGCCACGUUGGAUCUCCCCAUCGCUUCUAUUUCGUUUCAUAUUGCGAGAAAUGCAUUGUGGUCGAAAUCAUGGGGUGUACGGCCUACAGAACCGGAAAAGGCGAUGAAGAUAGCGAGAAACGCUUUAAAACGUGCACCGCUUUUGGUGCCGGUUUUUAACCACUGCUACAUUCCGUGUAACCCUUCGUUAGCCGGGAACCCGGUUUUUUACGUCGACGAGAAUCAGAUAUUUUGUUGUGGGUUUGAUCUAUCUGAUUUUUUCGACCGGGAGAAAUCAACUUUGUUCGCGAAAAAUGAUCCAAAACACAUUAUGAGAAAACGGUUUACAAGUGAAAAAUCUGGAACGAUGAUGUCGAAUAUUUCUCGCCGGAGUCUAGACGCGGUCGCCGGCGGUAGGACACCGAGAUGGGUGGAGUUUUGGAGUGACGCCGCCGUGGACAGGCGGAAGAGAAACUCAAACUCGUCGUCUUCGUCAUCAUCGGCAUCCCCAGAACGGUUGUUUGAAAUCCCAAGAUCCGGGACUCCGAAAUGGGUCGAUUCGUAUGUGCAACAGCUCGGGUCGGUUUUGAAAGAUGGCGGGUGGGCGGAAUCCGACGUGUCGGAUAUUGUUGAUGUUUCGUCUUCCGGUUUUUUUGAUGGUGAGAUGGUGUUGUUGGAUAAUCAAGCGGUUUUGGAUGCUCUUUUAGUGAAAGCGAAUCGGUUGUCGGAGUCGUUACAGAAAGCUGGGUGGAGCUCCGAAGAGGUUUCGGAUGCUUUUGGGUUUGAUUUCCGGCAGGUGAAAGAACGGAAACCGGUGAGGAAAAUAUCGCCGGAGUUGGUGGAGAAGAUUGGAAGACUGGUUGAAUCUGUCUCGAAAUCUUGACGAGUUCAUCGCCGGAGUUUGCGGUAGCCGACAGAUUUCUAAAUUUUUUUAUUUUUGGAAAUACAAAUACGAAAUGUGUAAUAAAGAAAAGCGAAGUUAUUAUUUUUUAAUACUGUAUUUAGUUGUUAGAGUUAUAGUAUUUCAGUAAAAAAUAUUAGUAUCAUCAAUUAAAGUUACUUUUAUUGUUGUUUAAAAUA